CCUCAGGUUCCUUCCGUCACAGAGCCCAUGCAGGGUUUGCCACGGUGCAUGAGGCUCGUGCAUGGCUGGAAGCAAAACUUCCACGGCAAUGCUUACCAUGUCUCAUAUGUCUCCCCACCUGCUGGAUUGUGUGACGAGGACUACGUUGGUCGAUCUAGGUAUUCUCCGACCAAACCUUUGCAGUCACAGUCUUUCGCGACGGAGGCUGAGCUCGUUCUCAUCAUUUCCAUAUCGGUCUCUCCUAUUGAACAUGGAGCACAUGCUUUGUGGUAGGCUGACCUGCGUUGGGCCCAUUCUCGAUUCUUCUCCCUCGUCCUCCCUUGACACGCCUUGUCUUUAUACCCUCUUGCUAUUCCUCCCAUGACUUGAACGUCCCCCAGUCACUCGCUACUAUUACGGUUGCCACGCUCGCUUUCACGGUUACCGUUGUCGUACCUUAGUCCUUCGUUUGUUUCCCUCUCUACGACAUGUUUCUUAAUACUCUCGCUUGGACCACUUUUCUCUUUUUGUCGAGUUGCAGGGCACUCAGAUAUGAUCCAGCUUUCCUUCAGUAUAAUCUCAACCAGAACCAAACAGCAGAGAAUCCGCUAGACUACUGGGGGGAAUGGACAGACCAUCAGUACCACCCUUCGCCGUCGAACUGGCGGUUCCCGUUCUAUACCCUCUUUCUCGACAGAUUCGUCAAUGGCGACCCUAGCAACGAUAAUAUCAAUGGAACAGCAUAUGAACACGACCCGAAUUCCAACCAGAUGCGCCAUGGAGGCGAUCUUCAGGGCCUUGUUGACACGCUGGACUACCUCCAUGGAAUGGGUGUCAAGGGAUUGUAUAUCGCCGGAUCUCCCUUCAUCAAUACUCCAUGGGGUUAUGAUCAAUACUCGCCGCUCGACCUCUCCGUCCUGGACCAACAUUUUGGUACCAUUGACAUGUGGCGAGCUGCUAUACAAGAGAUCCACGCCCGUGGUAUGUACGUCAUCCUGGACAACACAUUCGCUACGCUAGGGGAUCUCAUCGGAUUCGACGGUUACCUCAAUACCACUACACCUUUUACGCUUGCGGAGCAUCAAGUGCAGUGGAAGUCAGAUCGCCAGUAUCAUGACUUCCGCUUCGGAAAUAACUACAACAAGACAUGCCAAUAUCCAAAAUUCUGGCUGGAGACGGGGUAUCCAGUUGGCGAAGAUGUGACGAGCCAAAUGGUCGGCUGCUAUGACAGCGACUUUGACCAGUAUGGCGACACAGAGGCCUUCGGCGUCUUCCCCGACUGGCGUCGUGAACUGUCAAAAUUCGCUUCCGUCCAAGAUCGUCUGCGAGAAUGGCACGAGCCUGUCCGCCAGAAGCUCGAGAACUUCUACUGUAUGAUGAUUGCGCAGCUUGACAUCGAUGGUUAUCGAUAUGAUAAGGCCACACAGUCUACAGUUGAUGCGAUGGGUUCCAUGAACGACGCCAUGCGCCGAUGCGCCCGACGAUUCGGCAAAGACAACUUCUUUACUCCCGGUGAGAUUACUGGCGGAAACGUCUUCGGGUCGAUCUUCUUGGGUCGUGGGAGACAGCCUGACAUGAUUCCCGAAAAUUUGACGAUGGCAGCCACAAUGACCAACAACUCUGCAGACAAAUAUUUUCUCAGAGACCCCGAACACGGUGCCCUCGACGCUGCUGCCUUCCAUUACACAGUCUAUCGCACGCUGACACGCUUCUUGGGCAUGGACGGUAACCUGGAGGCUGGUUAUGAUGCUCCCCGUAACUUCGUGGACAUGUGGAAUACCUUUUUGCUCACGAAUGACUUCGUGAAUCCUAAUACUGGGAAGGUCGACCCCAGGCACAUGUACGGAGUUACGAAUCAAGAUGUCUUCCGAUGGCCAGCCAUCACCAAUGGUAUCCAUCGCCAGCUGUUGGGCCAUUUUAUAACCACGAUCCAUAUGCCCGGCGCUCCACUCCUGCUAUGGGGCGAGGAGCAGGCAUUCUACAUACUGGAUAACACCGCGUCCAACUAUAUCUUUGGUCGACAAGCAAUGUCUUCAGCAACUGCCUGGCAAACCCAUGGCUGCUAUAGUCUCGAUUCGACACAAUUCUUCAAGAUGCCGCUGAAUGCAUCGCGUCAUGGCUGUCAGGACGAUACUGUUAGCUACGACCACAGAGACCCGUCACACCCUGUACGCAAUAUCAUUCAUCAUAUGAAUCUACUACGAGAACAAUUUCCAGUCCUGCAGGAUGGUUUUUUCUUGCAGCAACUGUCCAACCAGACCCAACAGAUCCAAUACCCUGGUUCCGGUAAUGUGACAACCGAAACCGGAAUGUGGUCGGUGAUGCGCUCCGCAUUUCCUGGCAUACAAGAUCUCGGUGAUACGGGCGCAGGAAAUCUUCCCGUCUGGCUGCUCUACUCGAAUGCGAAUGCAUCCACCACGUACACAUUCGAUUGCAACAACAAUGAUACGGAUCUGAAUACUACCAGUUUAAUCGCUCCGUACGACGCCGGCACGACCGUCAAGAACCUGUUCUAUCCUUACGAUGAGCAAACUCUUACUGACAGCGUCCAUCGCUUGGGAAUCAACGGAUCAACAAAUCCGAAUGGCUGUCUCAGUAGCCUGCACAUGGCUGCUUAUGACUUUAGAGCCUAUGUUCCGUUGGAUCAAUGGGUAGGUCCGAAACCGAUGAUCACUAAGUUUGUCCCUGGCCACGACGCGCGCAUCGAGUCCAAGGUCAACGCGAAUGGCACCGAAACCGUUAAGAUCGAGCUUCAGUUCUCGGUGGAAAUGAACUGCGAAAGCGUCUCGAAUGGCAUUGUCUUCAAUUCCACUACCGAACUGGGAACGACUCCCACCAUCGACCAAAGCAGUGUGCAAUGCACUAAUCUCGCGGACCCUCAAGCUCCUCCGUAUGUCGGCGCGAUUGCAUCGACAUGGUCCUGGUCUGCCACGCUCAACAACGUAGCCAAUGGCAUUCAUGCAAUUUCUGUCCGCAAUGUAUCAUCUCAGGCAGGAGAACCUACCGACGCUGUUGACCGUUUCCUGUUCCGCAUUGGGCAGAGAGACAAUCCGAUCGUGUUCACAAGAGCCGCGAAUUACUCGUCCAGUCUUGUCAGUAAGAGUGAGAACGGUUCCCUCGUCAUUUCCCAUGCUGCGGCAGGGGCAGACAAAUGGCGAUACUCUACGAACUGGGGAUCGUCUUUCUCAGACUGGAUGCCUUACGUGGGCGGAAAGACCCAGAUUAAGGAGCAGGCUUGGACUGGAACCAAACUUCAGUCCUGGAAAGGUACGCACGUCCGUGUGGAGUACUUCAGCCGUCUGGCCGGCAGCAGCGACCACAUCCAACAGGGCGACGUCGGCUUCAGCACUCCCCGGAGAUUUCCUCAUCUUUUCUUGAAUGGGCCGUACAACCAGUAUGGAUACGACGCUGGUCUCGACAACGAAAUGAAGCUCGAAGGCAAUUCAACUUGGGCUCGUCACUUCAUGACUGAAUGGAGCCUGAAGGGUGCGCUUGCUCAAAUCAACGUCUGGGGUCUCAACCCAGAUGGCAAACCGGAUCAGACAAUUGUGAUGGGAGAUGCCGAUGGAGACUCGGUCCUCGAUCGUCUUCCUCCAUCAUCGCUCGCCGCUGUCGUCCUGAACAUUACUCAGCCACCUCCAAAGCCACAUCUCGGAUGGAGAGUUGUCUUAGAUGAUAGCAGUCUGCAUUUCAAGCUGUUGCCGUCCGGUAAUAUGUGGACCCAACUUAUCCUAUACGUGCUCCUCUGGGUCGUUCCAAUCAUCACAGCAGCCUUUGGCGUGUGGUCAUUUAUGCAAUCUUUCUACCAAAUCAAGUUCAACGAGAUUGGCAUAUCAGAGAAGGCUGGGCUGAUCCCAACGGUUUUCAGGAGACAGUUCAAAAAGCUAGUCGACGAGGAAGCAUCCCCGGGGAUCCUGACGAAAUUCACCCGUAAACCAAAAUUUCUGCAGCCGUCGGACACCGUCAUCGACCAGCAGAAAAGACGCACGGUUCUGAUUGCAACAAUGGAGUACGAUAUCGAAGAUUGGGGUAUCAAGAUCAAGAUCGGGGGUCUCGGUGUCAUGGCACAGCUGAUGGGUAAGAACCUUGGCCACCAAGAUCUGAUCUGGGUUGUGCCCUGUGUUGGAGGCGUCGACUAUCCGGAAGAUGAGAAAGCGGAUCCAAUGACAGUAACAGUCCUGGGCAAGCCGUAUGAAGUCCAAGUCCAGUACCACAUCCUGCGCAACAUCACGUACGUGCUGCUCGACGCACCUGUCUUCAGGCAGCAAACCAAGGCCGAGCCUUAUCCACCCCGAAUGGAUGACCUGUCUUCGGCUAUUUACUAUUCGGCGUGGAACCAAUGCAUUGCCCAAGCCCUCAAUCGCUUCCCCGUGGACCUGUAUCACAUCAACGACUAUCAUGGAUCGGUCGCUCCACUGUACCUCCUCCCAAGGACCAUCCCUGCUUGCUUGUCCCUACACAAUGCCGAAUUUCAGGGACUGUGGCCGAUGCGUACAAAGCGGGAACGGGACGAGGUCUGCUCCGUCUUCAACCUGUCUCCUGAGCUUGUACAGCGGUACGUCCAGUUUGGCGAAGUGUUCAACCUUCUCCACGCCGGAGCCUCGUAUUUGAGAGUCCAUCAGCAAGGGUUUGGAGCAGUAGGUGUUUCCAAGAAAUAUGGUAAGCGGUCUUAUGCCCGCUACCCCAUCUUCUGGGGACUGAAGAAGGUCGGCAAGCUGCCCAAUCCCGACCCGUCUGAUACUGGCGAAUGGGACAAAAAGCUUCCCAACGAAGCCGAUAUCCAUAUUGACCCAGAAUUUGAGGCCGCGCGCCCUGAAUUGAAACGUCAAGCCCAGGAAUGGGCUGGUUUGGAGCAAAAUCCAAACGCCGAGCUGUUCGUUUUUGUCGGGCGCUGGUCGAUGCAAAAAGGUGUCGACCUGAUUGCAGACGUGUUUCCGUCAAUUUUGGAGUCCAAUCCCAACGUACAGCUCAUCACCAUUGGACCUGUCAUCGAUCUGUACGGUAAAUUCGCGGCACUCAAAUUGGAUCGGAUGAUGAAGCUCUAUCCUGGUAGAGUCUUUUCCAAGCCAGUCUUCACAGCUCUUCCUCCAUUCAUCUUCUCCGGGGCCGAAUUUGCGCUGAUCCCGUCGAGAGACGAACCCUUUGGGCUUGUCGCUGUCGAAUUCGGUCGUAAAGGUGCCUUGGGAGUGGGUGCCAGAGUCGGAGGGCUGGGUCAAAUGCCGGGUUGGUGGUACACUGUCGAGUCUACAACAACAGCGCAUCUGCUUCAUCAGUUCAAACAAGCCAUCCACGAGGCCCUAAGCUCGAAGACGGAGAUUCGGGCCCUGAUGAGGGCUCGAUCGGCCAAACAGAGGUUUCCAGUUGCACAAUGGGUUGAAGACCUCGAAAUUCUGCAGAGUACGGCUAUUCGCAUCCACAACAAGGUCGAAGCUACAAGGCGUCAUAGCGCCGCAGGAGAUCUUUUGGGAUCAUCUGUCUGGAACACUCCUGGCGGAUCGGGUGCAGUCACACCAGCUGGUUUCCACACGCCCACAUUUGGUCAUUCGCGGUUGACGAGCUAUGCAGCCUUGCAUUCCCUCACCACUCGUCUCAAGAACCUAGGUCACAGUCGAGAACAGAGCCAGGAUAUCCCCUCAGAGCCACCCACCUCUAGCCAUUCGCGGACGGCAUCUGGCCUGUCUCGUUCAGCCUCCCUAGGAUCACGCAGAGGUCCUGGCCAUGUUAACACUCAGGAUGAACACGACGAAGAAGACCCGCACGCGCCUGCAAUCCUUCCACCGGUGCCUGAUGUUGAAGGUGACGACACUGGGCUGGGAAUAGCAGGCGUUCAAAACCCCAAUGAGAAUAUGGACGAGGACGACGAAGACAUGGAUAGCGAUUUCGAGGAUGAUGAUGGGGAAGGUAUGACGAUGCCUGUUCAGACCCCCGCGCGGUAUCAGCGGCUGGCUGUGAAUGAAGAUUCUCCUUACUCCGCACAAUCGAACAACACCCGCCGGUCAAGCAGGACGGUGGGACUGGAACUCAGCCCCCUACCGAACAUUCUCAGCCACCAUGCUCAUUCGCCUGAGCAAGGGACGCCUAGGCCGGAAUCAGGGCUUCUUAUUCCACCACCCACUUUCACAGACAGCAACCGCGUCUCAAGUACCAACUCGCUACUCUCCAUGAAUACCAUAGUUGGAGAAAAGACCGACUUCCAGCUGCAGAAGGUUGAUCCAUUCUUCACAGAUAGCAACGGCGAGUUUGCCAAAGCUUUCGAAAAGAAACUCGAAGAUCUCAAGGGCAGCAACUCGGAGUCUGCAACGUGUAUCGAAGAAUUCUUGAUCAAAUCAGAGAAGCAAUGGUUUGACACCUUCCGCAAUGUCAAACUUGGGAGGCACAUUGCUCCCUCGGGUCGCUCAAGCUUCCACACCAACCGCGAGUCUCGCCCAACUUCAGCCGCCCCUUCUGUCUAUGGGGCCAACACCGACACUGACUCUCAACCCGACCCGAACAAUCUAGCCGAGGAGUUUUUGCUAGGAAAAGACUACAAGCCGCCCACUGGGUUGAGGAAAUGGAUGCAGUUGCGCAUUGGAGAUUGGCCCGUAUAUGCCUUUUUCAUGGGCUUUGGACAAAUCAUUGCGGCCAACUCCUACCAGAUCACUCUGUUGACUGGAGAGGUUGGUCAAACCGCAGACAAGCUCUACGCUGUUGCCUCCAUCUAUCUCGCCACAUCGAUUUGCUGGUGGCUCCUCUUCAAGCGGUUCCAGUCCAGACUCUGUCUGUCUUUGCCCUUCUUCUUCUACGGUCUGGCAUUCAUCCUGAUUGGAACCGCCCAUUACGGCUCUACAAUUAGCGGCCGGGGAUGGAUCCAGAACGUGGGAACUGGUAUGUACGCCGUGGCUUCGUCAUCAGGCUCCAUCUUCUUUGCCCUCAACUUUGGCGACGAAGGUGGCGCGCAGGUCAAAGCUUGGGUGUUCCGAGCCUGCGUGAUUCAAGGUACACAGCAGAUCUAUGUUGUGGCUCUGUGGUACUGGGGUGCAUAUCUCAAUCGACGCACGGUCGACGCCCUUGUCACCACUCCCGACCCCAUCUCCUCGACCUGGAAAAUCACAGCCAUCACGCUUCCGAUUGCAUUUGGCCUCUGGUUCAUUGGACUGCUGAUGUGGUUCGGACUGCCAAGCUACUACCGACAAGCGCCUGGCAAAAUGCCGAGCUUCUACAGGAGCUUGCUGCGCCGCAAGAUUGUUCUCUGGUUCUUCGUCACGGUUCUCAUCCAGAACUUCUUCCUGUCCGCCCCCUAUGGCCGUAACUGGUCGUUCCUCUGGAGCAGCUCACACGCCAAGACCUGGCAGGUUCUACUACUCGUCGUCUUGUUCUUCAUCGGCGUCUGGGCGGGUAUUUUGUGGCUGUUCGGCGUGCUUUCCAAGUCGCACAGCUGGAUCCUACCGCUGUUUGCCAUCGGCCUUGGAGCACCCCGCUGGGCCCAGAUCUGGUGGGGGACCAGCAACAUCGGGCUCUAUCUGCCCUGGGCUGGCGGCUACAAGGCCUCAGCCCUCGUUUCCCGCGCGCUGUGGCUGUGGCUCGGGACCCUCGAUGCCAUCCAAGGCGUGGGAUUGGGGAUGAUCCUCCUCGCCACACUGACGCGGGUGCACGUCGCCUUCACGCUCGUGACGGCACAGGUCCUUGGUUCGGUUGCUACCAUCGUCGCCAGAGCCGUGGCACCCAACAAGAUCGGGCCCGGGCCCAUCAGCCCGGACAUCAGUGGCGGAGUGGGCCCUAUCUGGCAAGCCUGGUUUUGGAUCGGGUUGGUAGCCAAUCUGAGUAUCUGUGUCGGGUAUUUCAAGUUCUACCGCAAGGAGCAAUUGAGCAAGCCAUAGGCGGCGGACCCCACAGCCGGUCGUCGAGCACUGUAUAUUUUGUCAAGUGUCUCGAGAAUCCACGGCUACUAUUAUGUUCGAUCUUGACGAGUCUGACGAAACAAAACACGGAUAGAUGGAUAGAUGGAAUGGACGGAUACAUUCAUUGGGUUAUAUGUACGGGAUAUGAUAAUCCCAAGCUGUUAAUAAUACUAGGAACAGACUAACCGGUUGGCGCGGACUUUCGAGUUCGUCUCGGUGGCGGAGGGCCAGUUGAUGUUGCAUUUCUUUUCAUGGGAAACGAUUCAUCAAAGAGGAUGGUGGAUAGAUCUUCUGGGUCAUAUCUUGUCAAAGGAUAGGAAAUAAGAGGGGGCAGCUUCGUCACGCGUGCGAGAUAUUCUGUGCGCGGCCCCCCUCUUGGAAAGGGUGUUAUAUAGACAGAGACAUGUACGAGUACAAGACAAUCCUAAUAGAUCUAGACUAAAGGCUUAUUUCCCG